CAACAAUAAACUAAUAUAAUAAUAAGAAUUCUUCCGUCAGCGACUGCGUAAAUUAUUCAUAUUGCUUCUUAUAUGAAAAGCGAACGCAUUCUCACCAUUUACUUUUUAGUUACCAAUUGUGAUGAUCUAUCUUGUGGCGAAAACGAAAUUUGUGUUGAAGUUGGCGAUACAUAUGAAUGUGUUUGUCAUUCUGAUUAUGAGGGAGAAAACUGUGAAGAUAAAAGUUAGUUAAUGUGCUUAAACCUCAAAGGUCUCUUUUGAGUGUUUUUCUGACUGUAGGUUUCCAUAUGGUCGUGAUGUUCGUAUAAAGAUCUUUCUCAACCGCCAUUUUGGAAUAGUGUAUUCCUUUAAACCACAUGUAAAUCUUAAGUAUUCUCUAGUUUUAAUUACUCCGUGUAUCUUCAAUUCUAAAAUGUUGUAUUUCGUUACUCAAUCGUUACGACCAUAUGGAAACCUGAGGCUUUAGAAUUUAUAUGACAACGUGACCUGCCUUUGCCAACAGAAGCAUAUGGGGCUGAUCUUUUCUGCCGGGGGGGGGGGGGUGCAAUCUAACAUUUUCUAGAAUUUGUAUCGAUGAUUGCAUUGAAUUUAUAUUUUGUUAUAAACUUGCCUGAAUUGUUUAAUAUUAUCCCCAGUGUUAGCCCGAAUUUCCAUGUUUUUGUAAAUAUUUUGUGGGCGCUGGUGUAUCUAAUGUUAUUUCUUAUGGUGAAAAAUCUCCACUUUGUUUGGAGAGUAUAGUGAUUUAUAUUAUUUUAUUAAUAUUACAGUAACGAAAUGCAAACAUUUUGAUAACAUGUAGUAAUACAUGGUUCGUAUGUAACAAAUGUAACUACUCUGAAGUAACGUUACUGUAACGUACUUAUUAUUGUUUUUAAUUUUUCUUUGAUGACUGUUUGGAUAACCAUUUCAAAUUUCUCAUGGUGAAUUAGUGAAUGUAUUUUUAAGGCAUUUCCAUUUGCUCUAGUUGAAGCGACAUGUAAGGCUCGGGGAGAUCCACAUUAUACGACAUUUGAUGGAAGACGUUACGACUUUAUGGGUAGAUGUGAAUAUGUUCUGGCUAGAGAUCGUGUAAACAACACAUUUGAAAUAAGACAAACAAAUGAACCAUGUGGAAAUGGAGUACAUGCAUGUACAAGAUCAUUAACAGUGAUCUUCCCAAAUAUGACAAUUGAACUACGAAGAGGAAUGACUUUGGUCAAUGGUGGAGAAGUUAUGUUGCCAGCUAGUUAUGGAGGUAGGAAAACAUUGAACUUUAAGUGCUACGUUUCAUUAAAACAAGUAGAUUCUUACAUGUGUGCAAAACUGCACUGUAAUACACAUGCAAAAUUACACAACACACCAUUCUACACUACGCUAUGCUACACCAUAAAUAUACAUAUACAACGCUACAACACAACACAAAACAACACGGCAGCACAACAUAACACAACACAACAAAAUAGAACAACGCAAAUCCAACCAAACAAAACAUUUUACGACACGUAACGUCAUGUAUGAUAUGACGUGACAUGACAUGGCGUGGCAGAAUGAUCUUAGUACAGCAUCAGUAUGAUUUCUGUUAUAUUUCACUAUAUUACGCAGAUGUUAAUAUUACACAACCGGACGAGGCUAUGACUGUAGUAACAUAAUAUAAUGUACAAUAAAAUUACAAACCUUUUGAUUUCUUACAAGGUGUCAACAUCACUGAACAUAAAAAUGAAAAUGCAGAAAAUACAAUAGUAACAACCGUCUAUGGUGUAACUGUCCACUGGAACAAUGUUUAUAACGUACGAGUGACAGUUCGAGGUCGGUACUUAAACAGAACAUCAGGUUUAUGUGGUACAUAUAAUGACAUAGAAGAAGACGACUUCUGGGCAUCUAAUGGUACAACUGUAACUGAUCCAGUAGAAUUUGGAAAUUCUUGGAAAGUUGAUCCAGACUGUGAUGAUGCAAUUGCAGUAGAACAUCCCUGUGUUGUCAACUCAGACAGAAGAUGGAUAGCACAAGCCAACUGUUCAACGUUACUCAGACCUCCUUUCAAUGAGUGUUCAAGUCAUAUUAAUGCCACUGAAGAAGGAUAUAUUGCUGAUUGUGAAUAUGAUAUGUGUGCUUGCGAGGAUGACCCUGUUGUUUGUUAUUGUCAAGCUCUCGCGGCUUAUGCUGAUGAUUGUUCUUCCUCUGUUGACAUACAAUGGCAGUCAUUGGACGAAUUUGCAGUUUGUCGUAAGUGUCCAUAUAUUAUAAUAUAAUAAUAUCUGAUUUUUCAAACAGCGUCCAUUAAAUUAGCAAAGCUUUGGAACUCUUGGCCACUUUUAAGGUUGAUUAUAUAUUAUAUUGUUACUAUAAAAUUGGUGUAACCGUUAUUAUAACUCUUGUUUUUACCAGUGCGUCACUUAUCAUUACUCUAGCUAUUAUUGUAUUACUGUUACUUUUACUCUUCGUCUUUCUGUUAUUUCUUCGUCUAACUUUUCGUAUUAUUUUGCUGUUAUUGUUGCUGUUACUGUUAUGUAUACUGCUACUGUUGCUGUUAAAUGUUACUCAUACUGAUACUGCUACUACUACUACUGCUGCUGCUGCUGCUGCUGCUGCUGCUGCUGCUGCUGCUGCUGCUACUGUUAAUGUUAAUGUUAAUGUUAAUGUUACUGCUGCUGCUGUUGCUGCUACUGCCACUGUUACUGUUACUGUUACUGCCACUGUUAAUGUUAAUGUUAAUGUUAAUGUUACUGUUGCUGUUGCUGUUGCUGUUGCUGCUACUGUUACUGUUACUGUUACUGCUACUGUUACUGUUACUGUUACUGUUACUGUUACUGUUACUGUUACUGCUACUGUUACUGCUACUGUUACGGCUACUGUUACGGCCACUGUUACGGCCACUGUUACGGCUACUGUUACGGCUACUGUUACUGUUAUUGCCGCUGUUACUGUUACUGUUAUUGCUACUGUUACUACUACUCUACUUUUACUGUUAUUGCCACUGUUACUGUUACUGCUACUGUUACGGCUACUGUUACUGGUACUGUUACGAAUACUGUUACUGUUAAUGUUACUGCUGCUGUUGCUGUUGCUGCUACUUUUACUGUUACUGUUACUGUUACUGCUACUGUUACUGUUAAUGCUACUGUUACUGCUACUGUUACGGCUACUGUUACGGCCACUGUUACGGCUACUGUUACGGUUACUGUUAUUGCCACUGUUACUGUUACUGUUACUGUUAUUGUUACUGUUACUGUUAUUGCUACUGUUACUGUUACUUUUACUGUUAUUGCCACUGUUACUGUUACUGCUACUGUUACGGCUACUGUUACUGUUAUUGCUACUGUUACUGUUACUGCUACUGUUACGGCUACUGUUACUGUUAUUGCUACUGUUACUGUUACUGCUACUGUUACGGCUACUGUUACUGGUACUGUUUCUGCUACUGUUACUACUACUCUACUGUCACUGUUACUGCUACUGUUGCGGCUACUGUUACUGGUACUGUUUCUGCUACUGUUACUACUACUCUACUGUCACUGUUACUGCUACUGUUACGGCUACUGUUACUGCACCAUUACGGCUACUGUUACUGCUACUCUACUGUUAUUGCUACUGUCACUGUUACUCUACUGUUACUACUACUAUUACUGCUACUCUACUGUCACUGCUACUGUUACUCUUACUGCUACUCUACCGUUAUUAUAACUCUUGUUUUUACCAGUGCGUCACUUAUCAUUACUCUAGCUAUUAUUGUAUUACUGUUACUUUUACUCUUCGUCUUUCUGUUAUUUCUUCGUCUAACUUUUCCUAUUAUUUUGCUGUUAUUGUUGCUGUUACUGUUAUGUAUACUGCUACUGUUGCUGUUAAAUGUUACUCAUACUGAUACUGCUACUACUACUGCUGCUGCUGCUACUGUUAAUGUUAAUGUUAAUGUUAAUGUUAAUGUUACUGCUGCUGCUGUUGCUGCUACUGCUACUGUUACUGUUACUGUUACUGCCACUGUUAAUGUUAAUGUUAAUGUUACUGCUGCUGUUGCUGUUGCUGUUACUGUUACUGCUACUGUUACUGUUACUGUUACUGUUACUGUUACUGUUACUGUUACUGUUACUGCUACUGUUACUGCUACUGUUACGGCUACUGUUACGGCUACUGUUACUGUUAUUGCCGCUGUUACUGUUACUGUUACUGUUAUUGCUACUGUUACUACUACUCUACUUUUACUGUUAUUGCCACUGUUACUGUUACUGCUACUGUUACGGCUACUGUUACUGGUACUGUUACGAAUACUGUUACUGUUAAUGUUACUGCUGCUGCUGCUGUUGCUGUUGCUGCUACUUUUACUGUUACUGUUACUGCUACUGUUACUGUUAGUGCUACUGUUACUGCUACUGUUACGGCUACUGUUACGGCCACUGUUACGGCUACUGUUACGGUUACUGUUAUUGCCAUUGUUACUGUUACUGUUACUGUUAUUGCUACUGUUACUGUUAUUGCUACUGUUACUGUUACUUUUACUGUUAUUGCCACUGUUACUGUUGCUGCUACUGUUACGGCUACUGUUACUGUUAUUGCUACUGUUACUGUUACUGCUACUGUUACGGCUACUGUUACUGGUACUGUUUCUGCUACUGUUACUACUACUCUACUGUCACUGUUACUGCUACUGUUACGGCUACUGUUACUGCACCAUUACGGCUACUGUUACUGCUACUCUACUGUUAUUGCUACUGUCACUGUUACUCUACUGUUACUACUACUAUUACUGCUACUCUACUGUCACUGCUACUGUUACUCUUACUGCUACUCUACUGUUAUUGCUACUGUCACUGUUACUCUACUGUUACUACUACUAUUACUGCUACUCUACUGUUACUGCUACUGUUACUGUUACUGCUACUCUACUGUUACUGUUGCUGUUGCUGUUGCGGCUACUGUUACUGCUACUCUACUGUUACUGUUACUGUUGCGGCUACUGUCACUGCUACUACUACUCUACUCUACUGUUACUGUUACUGUUACUGUUACUCUACUGUUACUGUUACUGUUAUUGCUACUCUACUGUUACUGUUAUUGCUACUGUUACUGCUCCUCUACUGUUACUGCUACUGUUACUGUUACUGCUACCGUUACUUCUACUGUUGCUGUUCUGCUACUGUCUCUAAUACUUUACUGGUACUAGUGUUGUUAAUGGUACUGGUACCAGUGUUGUUACUUGAACCAUUGCUGUUGUUGGUAAUAUUACUCUUUCUGGUGCUGGAACUGAUAAAUGUGCACCUUCUGGUACUAUUCCUGUUACAGUUACUUCUACUGUUGCUGUUAUGCUGCUACUGUCACUAAUACUUUACUGGUACUAGUGUUGUUACUGGUACUGGUACCAGUGUUGUUACUUGAACCAUUGCUGUUGUUGGUAAUUGGUAAUAUUACCGUUUUCGGUGCUGGAACUGAUAUGUACACCUUCUGGUACUAUUAGUGUUACAGUUACAGUUACUGGCAGAAGUCCUGGUACUAAUAUUAGCGAGUUUAAGUUCGACUUCCGAUACCAAUACCGAUAUUGAUGUCUUCACUUCCGUUCUCAUUUUGGUACCGGGAAUUUUAAAGCAUUAAGUUAUCACGACAUAUAGAGUAUAGAACAUAUUAAUCGUCACCGAAAAUGUGCGGCAUACUAAACGGCAGCUAAGCUAAAAUUCGGACUAAAACAUGACUCAGGCGAUGCUAAUGAACAAAUAUAGUUUACGUGUUUGUCGUAAGAAUUAUGAAAUAUCCGAUUUAAAUGAGUUUUAUCUUACAAUUCCCACAACUUCCAAAACAAGGCCGACUUCGGUAGUGGUGACUUCCAUUACACUUGUACUCGUGGUUCUUGUGAGCAGAGCGCAUGCGCAUGACCUGUUGUUAGUAUUGGUAUUGGUAUCAGAAGUCGAACUUAAACUCUCUAAUGUUUCGGUUACUGAAACUACUAGAAUUGGCGCAUGUGCUGUUACUGGUACUGUUACUGUUGCUAUUAGUGGUACUAGGCUGCUAAUAGUACGGUGCUGUUGCUGCUGAUUUUGUUGUUACUGUUGCCGUUUAAUACUAUUACUGAUAUUGGUACUUGUAAUGUGAGUUCAAGUUUAGUUACAUGCAUCCUUUUUAGUUGAUUUUUUUUUAAAUACUCCUUUGUUUGUGCAAACCUGAACAUUGUAAUGUUGUAAGCGCUUUAUCUGAUUAACUUGUGAUUGGCGGUUCUCGUUACUAACUUUCAUUUAUACUAACUUUCAUAGGUACCCCAUGUGCCAGUGCUCCAUGUUUCAAUGGUGGGUCUUGCAGAAAUAUUGAUAAUACAACAUUUGAGUGUACUUGCCCAUUCGGUUUCUUAGGUGACAGAUGUGAACUUGAAGGUAAAAAGUUGUCUUUCUCUUGAUAUCUCUUUGUUUUAAUCCAUACAGGUAUAACAAAAUUAUCCGCCACGGACGAGAAUGGGAGCAUAAUUAUUUCUUGGAUGGGUUUGUGCAUUUAUGCAAAAUUGACAUUUUGGGGAUCUGGUUCGAUAGAACCAAUUACAAAUGGUCUAUUAUAAGCAGAAUUUAUAUUAUUAGUUUCAUCAAACGAAAUUGCAAAAUCUCGAUGUUUGCCCGAUAUGUACCUUGUGCUGACAUCGCUCAAUUAUAUGUACAUGACUUUGUGGUUAGUGCUCAGCAAUUUGGCUAGAGCAGUGCGCCGGAGUGAUAUAACCCCCCAGGUUCUAUUCCUGCCAGAAUGUACCCUGGUUAGAUCUAAAAAUGUAUAUACAUUUGCAUACGAAGUUCCUUCUACCAAGACUCAUGUACUUUAAUACAAAAUUGUUUUCUUUUUCUUCAGACCUUUGUCAAGUACCAAUUCUCUAUUAUGCUAACAGUUCUACAAUCAAUUCUUACAACACCAAGGCCGGUGAUCUUUCAUCAAACUUUUUCUUGAGAUCUCCUGAUUCUCAACUGGUCUACGACAAACAUAAUCGUCAAAUUUUAAUGUAUGCAUCAGGCGCAACGUUUUCCAGAGUAACUUUGGAUGGCUCAAAUAUAACAACCUUGGCAAGAGACGAGGAGCAUAUUCGACGGUUUACCUAUGAUGGUCGUCGUAAUAUUAUAUAUUAUAUUCAUGAUGCGAGAGAUGCUAUUCAUAUGUUAAACCUGACAAAUAUGCAGGAUAAUGAAAUUGGUGCUUUGGCUCAUAUUUCCAACAUUAAAGAUCUUGACAUUGAUGUAUUGAAUGAGUAAGUACAUAAGAGUGAUAGGGAUGAUAACAGUAGAACAUAUUAUAUGAGUGAAAUAAUACAGGGGUUGCCUUCAUAGGAAAUCCUUCAAUUCAUUCACCUGUCCCUGAGACAAUCGACGGUCAGUCUUUGGGUUGCACCUUAGGAAUGAUUAAGUUAGGGACUGCUCAUUAUUUAUUGUACAAGGGGGGAUUGAGGAGAAACUGGGGGGCUUUAAAUUUUUUUAAACCUAAAAGUGGGGGGGGGCUUUGAAAAAAUACAGAUAGACGAAAGAAGGGGGGGUGCUUUAAAAAGAUUUACUAGUUUGAAAAAAACAUUAGUAGUUUUAAAAAGUAUCACAAAACAACUUAACAGCAAAUAACAAUGCCAUUAAUAUUCAUAAAUGGAAGUCAAAUAAAUAGUCUCUUUUGUUCAUGCCGGUAAAUAGACAAUUCCUAUUAUAGACUAAUUUUGAAACUAUAGGCAUAGAGAUGCAAAUAAAUCACCACAGUUAGAAAAAGCAUACUAAAAUGAGUAACAUUGUAAAGCUUGGUUGCAAACUAUCGUAAAAUAUGGAAAAUAUAGUCUUGCAAAGUUUGCAAAUUUUAUAUACUUUCGUAUUGCAUGCGGAAAUUGCUACCGGUCGCACGCAAUACAAAAGUAAACAAAAGUAUGCAAAAUUUGCAAAUUUUGGAAGGCUAUAUUUUCUACAUUUUACAACAUUUCGCAAGCAAACUUUGCAAUUUUACUCAUUUUAGUAUGCUCUUCCCGGGAAAAUACUUUUUUUGCUAAGAAAAAAAUUAUCCUAUAAUGGAAUUGUUUAUUGGUCCCCAUUAUCUAUUUUUGUUUCUCUAAAUAAGAGCUAGAGUCGCGGGGGGGGGAAAUUUAUGUUUCAGUCAAAAUAUUUCAAAAAUCAAGCAAGAUAUGAAACAUCUAUAACAAGAUUUUAGAGAUUAUUUUAAACGUUCUUUCAAAUAAAACAAUAAAAUAUUUUGUUGCCAUUGUCCUUUAAGCAGGUUAAACAUCUCGAUACCCAAAUAGUAUUCAUUAAUGAGCUCUGUACAUUUUUUCAGCUGUCUUGUUAUCGUAACUGCAUCCAAUUUAUCAAUUGUUCUGUAUGAUCUUGGUGAAAGCUCAUCAGUUCGCGUCAUUAGUUAUGAUGGUGGUUCUGGACAAUCGCUCUAUGUCUUUGAGGAUGGGACUAUAUACUGGGUCAUCUACGAUCCCUCCACUAACCGCUUUACAGUUCUAUCCACGUCUAAAGCAGGAGUAACAAGUAGCCUUGGGAUCUGGUACAAUGGAGAAAUUCGCGUAGUGGUAGACCGAUUACACAUUUAUAUAUUGGAUAAAGACAACAACCGAAUUGAUAUUUAUUCCAAAAGAACAUUGACGAAGCUCCGAGAACUGUCCGUACCGCCUGGUGUCUGUGAGUUGAUCCUGGCAUUUGGUAAGUAAAUUAGAGAAGUACAAUAAAAAAAUACCGUUAAGUCACUUUUUUGCAAGCUCAGAUAAUACUUUGGUUGCUAAAUGUUGUCAAGUUGUUUACCAAAACGAAUAUUUGACCCCGUGCAUAUAAAUAACUUGCUGAUUGAGAGUGAGGGCUGUACGGGAAAAUACCAAGCCGACGUCUUUCUGUUGUAUUGACUUAAACCCAAGUUUGAUUUUUUCCCAUGCACUCCAAAUGGUCGAGAUCAAUGCAUUUUUUUCAUUACAUGGCAUUGUAUGUUUGUAACUGAAUACGAAAAACAUGGUCAAGCAAAGGAAAGUACACAUUCCGAAACAUUUACAAAUUUCAAUUAAAUCUCCUGGUUGGCAAAUUAAAACUAAUAUACAGCAAUUUUUAUGGAAUGUAACAGAACUUUGGAUAGUAUUUCAAGAAAAUGACGAUGUAUGUAGUGAUUUAAUCGAAGACAAAAAAUAUAUAAAAAAAAAACAAAAUAAUAAUUUAAAUGAAUAAACAACACCGAUAUUCGACAUGUAUGUUUUAGUUCGCUUCCCUUUUACUCACAAUUUAAAACAGACAUUUUCGAAAAGAAUUAUCUGUUCCUGCUUUAAUUAUGUUUUUGUUCAGAUUACUCAUCGUCAACUGCAUAUAGAAUUCACAGCUCUUCGCAUGUUCAAACCACAACUGAUAUUCUUGAAAGAACUUUGUCAACAUUGUAAAUAUUGAGAAAAUUUAUAUUUAACCACGCAUCAGUCACUUCUUUCCCUAUUUUAAGUUUAUUUUUAAUUUUUUUGUUUCAAACUCUUGGCUAUAUCAUCUCAACUUUGUAGGCCAAAAAAAGUCCUUAUUAUAUGGCGGUCAUCAACAAAUGGAGCAUUUUGAAUGGUUCCUGAGCGGUCGGAAACCAACAGCACGGACCGCUCAGGUUUGCUUACCUAAUAGUUUUUUUGAGUCGUGCAUGUAGGUCAUGUAUUAGCGAAUGAUUUUCCCAAAUUUGUUCCUUCUGCUUCGCCUGCAGUAAGUGAACUGCCAUGUCAACUAAUCUGCAGCAGGACGAAAUGUUUUACCGGCCAAACGUCUGUAUUUCCGAUACCUGCAUGUCCGUCAUACAUCUUGUCGCGCUUACCAUGAACUUUUUCGAAAAAUGCAAUUUCGAAUUUUAAUAUUAAAUUUCAGAUAUUGAUGAAUGCUGCUCUAAUAACACAUGUCACAUGAAUGCCACGUGUUCGGACACACCUGGAAGCUUUGUCUGUACUUGUAAUGAAGGCUUUGAGCCAAGUGGAGAUGAUUGCGAAGGUAUGUACCGCAUGCAUGUUAAAAUAAUAUCAUUAAUUUAUUCAAUUCGAACAGUCCGGAUAGAAUCAAUCAUUUAAGCCCCGUUUACACUACGCUCAAUUUUUGGUACGGCUCGGAUAAAGCCGAUGAGUCCUACCUAUUUAGGUAGUCCAAGAACCAAAAAGUGGUACGGUACCAAAAAUUGAGCGCAGUGUAAACGGGGCUUAGCUAAAUAGGUAGUCCAAGAACCAAAAAAGUGGUACGGGUACCAAUUUUAUCCGUGCCGUACCAAAAAUUGAGCGUAGUAUAAACGGGGCUUUAGUUGUCAGAAUGUUGUCAAUAUUAUAUGGACGCCAUGUUUGUCGAAAUUGAACUGAAAUUGUGGUUAAUACAAUCAUGCAACAUGGUGGUUUUUAGUAAUAGAAAAAUUAAGUGGUCACAAUAUAUUUUUGCAAAACAAUCUGUGUAUAACAAAGUUCCUGGCCUUUGCUUGUAUAUACUAACACACGAGAACUUUCCCAUCUGCGGUAUCAAAGAGUUUUUUUUUCAGUUUUCCACAAACUUCUAUACCUUAUUAGGCUACUUUAUAUUGUCCAUUUUAACCAACUUUAGUCGAAGUCGAAUUCUGAUUUACACAAGGUGAUCGAAUCCUGAAUUUUCGAAUAUAUUUCAAGAAAGCCGAAGUAAACUAUUUUGGCUUUUAGCAAGUACUUUGGUGCGACACGUGCAAAUGAAUUCCUAAAGUGCAGAUUGUAAUUUUAAACGGGGAUGUUAUUGAUCAUUUACAUUGUACAUAUGUUUGUGUUGAGUGAAAAAUACAAGUCAGAUGAAAUUCGCCUCGAUAUGGUCCACCAUAAGGCUCGACUAUAAUACCACUACCGUGAAAAAACUCCUUUCCGUAGCUCCAGAAAAAAACCUGGUGGCCUAGUCUUUUACCGUUCACUAAUGUCAGUGGUGUGUCGUCAGGUCAAACAGGAAACUCCUUUCAUAAAUUAUUGUGUCAUGAACUAAUUUAGGUUUCAGAUUUUAAUUUUUUGUUUGAAUACUUUACUAGAUAUCAACGAAUGUGAUCGUGGUUACUGUGAUCCAAACGCAGACUGUGUAAACUCUCAGGGUUCAUUUUAUUGCACCUGUAGAUCUGGCUUUGUUGGAAAUGGACUCAACUGCACAGGUAAUGAAGUAACCUGCAUGCGAUACGAUGUUCUCUAGAAUUAUAAUAUCCAAUGACGAAUAUUCUAUCUGUAAAUAUCAGGAUUUUUUGGCACCUCAGUUAAUGGAACUAUGUUGAAGGGUUUUGUAGAUGAUCUUCCAUCAACAUAAUCUUUCAACUUAAGCUCAAUCGUGUGAGAUGUCCAAAAAAGUUCUGAUAUUUACCAAAAUACCUUUUAGUCCCCGAGCCGACGGCGCGAAGCGCCGUGCGAGGGUACUAAUUCCCCCCGGCUAUUUACACCCGGGGAAACGAAAGCAUUAGCGGAGUCUAAAGUUCAUCAAGUAUCGCGGGCGUGGGUGACCAACGGUGUUGAGUGGGUGGUCAUCCUCACUGACCUCAAAAAUAUGGCGGACUGUCAUGAAUAGCGGACACUAAUUGGUCCAAUUUAAAGUUUGCAUCAUAACGACUGUAUGACGACAGCGAAAUAGCAAACAUUUCUUGAUUUGAUCACAGAUUUGAUGAUUGAUAAAUUUCUUGCAAAUAUACUUCAAUUUUACUCGCAUUUUUGCAAGAUUUUGUAAAUUUCAAGAUAGAAACGGCGAAAGAAUCGGCUAAAAGAAGGGAUCCGACGUUAACGAAGGUAAGUUUGUGUUAAAUAUUGAUUUUAUAAUUGCUUUAAAACCCGACGGCCUUUGGCCCUUUGCGUAUAUGAAAUAACUAAACAAGACAGCAUAUAAUUUCAGUCAAUUCAGUGUAUUAUUAAUAUUGAUUCCUUUUUUAUUAUAUUGAUUUUUUUUUACUAAAAAGAAAGCAAAGUUAUUUGCAUGCGAGAAUUUGAAAUCAUUUUGUUGCAAACUCAAAGUUUAUCGAUAAAGCCAUUUAAUUAAAGCCAGGCAAUUUAGUUUUAUAAAGAACGUUUUAAAACGUUUUGCGAAGCUUUUGUGGUUGAAUUUUACCUUAAAUUGAAGCUUAUAUUACGUAUAAUAACAUACCUAACAAAUAUAUGUUGGGAAAUUGAUAAUUUUGUAAUUAAAAUUGAUAUUUUUAGGCAAUUUUUCAUUUGUAAGAAUAUUCUUAAAAAAUUAUCGUGUUAUUACCAUGACAACAACUUUGGAUACUUCAUGUUUGGAAAAUACAAUGGUUUUGUCAGCAAGGCGAGGGUUUCUGCAUGCAUGUAUUUUCUAGUAUAGCUAUAUAUACGAACUUGUGGUUAGAAAUCGACAAUUGGACUCAGUUUGUUAUAUAGGGCUGCAGCGGAAUCGCCCAGCCACAGUUCGAUACUAUGCUUGAAAUUCCGUUUGCAGACCCUCAGCAAAACGUAAUACAAAAUGGUAUUUCCUAUCCAUAUCACGUAAUCAUAGCCAACUAACUAAACUACGAGAAUUUAAUUUAAUUUAAUUAUAUCGUGUUUUUAGAAACCUGUGAAGAUGAAAUACUAUUCUACUCUACAUCAUCAUGGAUCAUAUCAAAUUCCUCAGUUAGCAUUCCUACUGCAGAUAAUAAUAUAUUAGGAUAUGACAAAUACAACCGACGGUUGUUGUAUUAUGAUGCUACUGACAACCUGUACAGUGUUGGUUUGAAUGGUUUGAAUUCAACAGUUCUAAUCAAUAAAGCAAAUAUUGCAGAGUUUGCAUAUGAUGGUGAACGUGGUGUUCUAUACUACCUAAAUAAAUUUACAUCACAAAUCAACUCAGUCAAUAUUAGCAGUGGAGAAGAUACCCCAGUUUUAGCUUUGGAUUCUGUUUCUGGUGUAAAAGGCAUGGAGAUGGACACAAAAAAUCGGUAAUUGUUCACUAUUUGUUCACUAUUUAUUGCUAUAUACAUUUGAAACUCCGUAAUACGGACCCACAAAAUUGCCGCGUUAAGCCAGUUUUCUACUUCAAUCGUUUCGUAGCGUAGCGUAGCGUGUUUCUUUGUUUCCUGAGCCAACUAAUAUAAAUGCUUAUGUUUACAUUGCUUCGACACAAAACAAAAUGCUACGAUACGUUACGAUACGGUCGCAGUGGAAAACUGGCUUUAGAGAUGUGUUCGGUUUAUAGAGGACCCUUCAAGCUUACCUGAAUGUUUUCAGUAUUCAUUAAAGAAAGUAGAAGUAGCCUUAUGUUUUGAUUAAUAGAUUGGGUUUUUAUGUGAGAUUGCCAUCAGAAAUGCGCUUCCGAUUGUAAAUUUCAAUUGCAUAAUAUACAGUAGUGUAGCAAUCACUUUUAUGGAAACGAAACACUCAGGACACCUGUGGAAUGAGAAAAAAUGCAACUACCUGACAAAUAUAACGAAGGACCGUCAACUUCAACGAAGGACCGUCGCUUAAAACGAUGAAGUUUCUAUUUUUCAAGUAGUUGCAUCUCUCUCAAUUCGCAGCUAUAGAAACGAUCAGUAUUUUAUCGAACUGCGAAUGGAGAAUUGUACAAAAUACAUACACAUGCAAUUAUUACGUCCUAUCUCCAAGUCAAAUUUUUACAUGACAAGUUUAUGUUCUUUUUAUGUAUUUCCCUGCAUGAGGCUGAGUGUAUUUGUCAUUUAGACCGUACUGUACGUGAAGAAAAUGCUUGAAUUUUAAAAUGUUGUCAGCACAUACGAAACGUUCUAUAUAUAUUAACGAAUGCUUUAGAAACGUUUCUUGGCACAUUGGCUUGAUUACUUUAUUUUGAAAUCUUUAUAGGUACCUAGUAAUUGCAAAAUCAUCGGAUCCUCCUAUUGUUAGACUUGAUAUUAUAUCAUUUGAGACGCAAGGAAUAAAUUUUGAUGGUUCCGCUCAAGCAUUGUCCGUUGAUCAAGAUAAUGAAGUCGUGUACUGGGUCGAUUUCGUCGAUUCCACAGACAAACACUAUUUGAUGAGAUCAAAUUACACUGGUCAAACAGUGCCUCUUAAUAUCAGUUAUGAUGGAGAAAUUGAUCUGGCGCAAGACUACAUGCAUCUGUAUGUGUUGGACAAAGAAAAUAAUAGAAUUGACAAAUAUAACAAACGCACCUGGGUAAAGAUAAAUGUUUUCAAUAUUAAUGAUGGGUCACGAAGAUUAAUUGUAGCAUUUGGUGAGUACCUGCUGUUGCAAUUACACUAAAAUAUUCGUGUAUUUGAGGGAAAAUCAAUAAGAUUAUACAAAAAAGUUGUCCAAUCAUAUUAAUCCAAUCACAUUUGGUGAGUAGCUAGCUGCCAUUGCAAUUACUGCACUAAAAUAUACUUGUAUUUGAGUGACUUUGAAUACUGAUGGGACAAGGUUGCUCUGUGUGUCGCCUACAUUGGUAUUUGUGGGCCUGUUGAUCAACACAUUGAUGAAUAACAAACACUUCAUGCCCAGUACCUGCGCAUCACCACUUUAAGAAAUGCAUAUCAAGCACUAGCAACACUAUAGUUUUUAUCAAACAUGAUCCGUCUACAUGAAAUAUAACAAUAAGGACGAAGAAACUUCAUAAAUUUUCUGACCAUGCAUGUAUAUUAACUGUGGUAUUGCAAAGGUUUUCAUUCUUCUCUUGUCUUUUCAGAUUAUGAUGAAUGUUGUGUGGGAACAUACUGCCCAGAAAUGUUGUCCACGUGUUCAAACACGCCUAGUAGCUUUGAAUGCAUGUGCUAUGAAGGAUAUUUUCUUAAUGGAACCAUCUGUCAAGGUAAACACUUCAAAACACAGCACAGUAGAGUUCUUAAAGUUCAUUAACUAUAGACAGCAUUCUGCAGAGACACUCAAGCAUUCUGCAGAGACACUCGAAUAAUAGACAACGACAAGGAUGUAUUCUGAAAAUGACAUCCUACACCAAUGAAAGUGAUAAAUGUCUCAUUUAAUUUUCAUCUAAAUUCUACAAAAUUUGAUGAAUUUAUCCUUGGCGCGUGACCAUUACCUCCACACAUUUUGUUUGCUAAACCGUUCUGAAUUGUCCUGCUGGCAAAGAAUCAAAUUGACAAAAACAACAAACUCCUUGCGGAGGUGAUUAGAAUUUAUUCUUACAUUCUUGCAGUAAACCUGCUAGGAAUUUAUCCCAGGAGACUGCUUGUUCGACUAAUCGCUUUUUCUACUUGAUAUUUAGCGCACUUGCCUUUCACCUCUAAGGUCGCAGGUUCAAAUGUCAGUGAGAAUAUCUCAAUGUGACUUGAACCCAGUCUUCAUGUGGAAAGAGUAAAAGUCAACGCUCUGCCGAAAGUCGUGGGUUUUCUCCGGGUACUCCGGUCUCCUCCCACAGGGAAAGUUGACAGGGUGGGUUAAACACAUAGAUCAUUAAUGAGGUAUGGACUAAUAGCGGCUGCUUAAAGCGCCAUUUGUAAGCUCACAACAGGGCGCUUAUAUAUAGGGCGGUGAAACGCGCUGAUGUCGCGCUGAUCGAUUUGUGAUGCGGAAAAGGACUGGCACGAGCGUGCUUUUCGGCAAAAGUUGACAAGGAGCGCGAUUUUUCAUGCUGUUGUAUUUUCGCUGUUUUUUCAUUAACUACGAAAUUCUUGAGGAUGUUUUUGCACUGUAACGACGAAGUAGUAACUAGUGUAUCGUACGAAUGCUUGUUUGGCCUGUAUAGUUGAAUUUUGAAAGAAAUAUUGAGGAUAAUGAGUCGGGCUUUUGAUGACUUCAAUGAAGGGAAAUUUUCAAAACAGCAUUUGGGCAUGUUAUCAAGUCGUCCAAACUUCGAAAUUCAGUUGAUGAUAAAGAUUAUAAUUAUGUGCUUAUCUCCAAACGUUUUCAUAAGACUCGGAGUUGAGCAAGUGGAAUGUUGGAAUGUGAGGUAUUUUUGUGUGUUAAAUUUUGCCUCGUUAGACCAUUAUUUCGCUGCAAAAAAAUAAACAACAAUUGUAUUUGGCCGUGUCAUGAUUUUUUGUUAUUAUGUUAAUAAUUUUGUACGACUUUUAAGGCAUUCAAUUGAAGUAAUUCUGAGCCGUAAACAUAUUUUACUUCUUGGCCUUUGAAUCAAAAUACGAUUCGCUCGGACGUUUGUUGGCGCAAUAGUCGAAAAUUGUUUCGUCCCAACUUUGAUUUUUUUUGACCGGCUGGCCAAGACAACUUCUCGUAAGGAUUCGUUAAAAAAAUACAAAUUGAAGUUGAGCAUUUCUUGAUUUUCAACUGAAAAGAUCAACUAGUGGCUAAAAUUAAUUGUGAAUUGUAUUCUAUCGAACGUGAACGAUACGUGUACAUACGAAGAGUUUUAAAAACCGUUCACGUCAUGCUUCAUGCGAAAGCAACCGUUCGUAAGCUUUCGCAAGCGUUUUGAGCAAAAACUCUAAAAUAUUGGCAGUAUUACCUGAAAAUACAAUAGCAGAAUCUACUAAAUUAUCGUAUAACAUCGGAAUUUUACCCCCAAUAUCUAUUUCUUCAUCAAAACUUGACUACAAAACAGUCAAAACUUCCAGCUCAGUUUUCCCGCCAAUCCGCCAUAUUUAUCCUUGCCAUAAGACAACGUCGCCAUAGUAACCACAACAAACUCGUUACCAGUUCAUUGCAUUACACAUCGAUCGGCGCGCCUAUAGCCGUUUCACCGCCCUAUAUAUAAGCGCCCUGGCUCACAGUCUCCCUCGGUCUGCUUCACGCUAGUUCCGGUUCUAUCUAUUCACAAUGUAACCAGUCACUGAAAACCCCUGAUAGGGAGUGUGCUGUGCAAUAUCUGUAUCCAUUAGUGUGCAUAUUAUAAUUAUGAAAAUGGUGAACUGUUCCUAUUUCUAGUCCAUGUAGUGAGACAGAGCCUGAAUAAAUUGAAAAUAACUUCUAGAGUUGAAUUUAAAACAUCUACCUUGGUUUGUAUAUAAAUUAUGUAAGAGAAAAAAAGAAUCCAAAUCGGUUCUGUAAAUUAUGAACCUAUUACAUUAUUUUUUGUUUUAGAUAUUAUUGACUGUGAUAAUGACCCUCCGUGUCACGUGAAUGCCACAUGUAAUGAUAUUCCUGGAUCAUAUGAAUGCAACUGUUCGGAAGGUCUCACUGGCAAUGGAACAUAUUGUGAAGGUAUGGAUAUUUUUUUAUAAAUAUACCUUUUUCAAUUCACAUUUAAAAAGGUGUAUCCCUCAAUACACCAUCAUAUCUGCAAUAUUGUAAAACAUUUGAUAAUCUUGAUCUUAUGUAAAAAUUAUUGAUACGCUACCAUAAAUAUGAUUCCUUGCGAUUCUCCCCUAAGUUUUGUGUGAGAAUUUUGUGUGAAGUUUUGUGAGAAACGUUUUUCAACAUGAAAACUUUCGAUACGCUGCCGUUUUUAAACUAAACUAACUUGGUUUCUACUAGAUAGUUAUCCAUGAAUAAACUGAUUUUUCUAAGUGUCUAGUAAAGGACAUGCCCUGUAGUGAAGUACAAUUCGUAUAAAGAUGUUUUGAAAUGAGCAGCCUAUAAAACAUUUUCUCAAGAUUUUCUUAUUCUAAGUUCUCGGAUUCACAUUUAUUCAAGAGACUAUCAUAUAAAUAUAUCAACCUUUAUGAUGAAUGCUUUUCUCUUUCAUAUAAAGAUACCGUAGAAACAUCUGAACAAGUAGCUAUAUAGUAACCCUCGUGCCCUUUGUAUAUUUGCCAGUUCGCAGAAGCAGACUUUAAGUAUGGCGUGGCGAUAGUACAAAUUUCAUAGUUAGGCUAAAUUUUUAUGGGUGUUUUUUAAUGUUCUAAGAUAUUAAUGAAUGUAUGGUUGGAGGUUUCUGUCAUGACAAUGCUACAUGUGACAAUACUUAUGGAUCAUACAGUUGUGAAUGUUACGAAGGUUUUACUGGGGAUGGAAAGAACUGCACAGGUAUUUAGAACACUUUUUGUUUAAAAAAGGCCUCUAAAUAUCAUAACUAAGGACCUUUUCACAAUAUAUUACGCUUUGAUGUCACAAUAUAUGGUUUGAUCAACGUACAAUGCCAGUGAUUCAGUUGUAUUUUCGCACUUGUUCUAUCUCGUUUCUUUAAAGAGGAACUUUGCAUGCAGUGAAUGGAUUCCAUGUAGAUUGUUAAUAUAUGAUUGCUCCGUAUUGACAAAUUUCAGUCUUCAGUGGCUUUUUAGUAAAUUGCAGUUAUUCUGCGAAUCGUUCCCGUGAAUUAUGAUACCACUAGAAACACAUGCAUGCAGCAAACCCUCUCCCAUUUGCGAAAUGAAAAACUGCUUUUUGCAGAGUAGCAACUUGUACUCACGCAUGCUUAUAACAUCAAAAUCAUCCAUCGGAAUAAUGAAGGAUAACUUUCCACUUCGCUAUAUGUUCUUAUAUACCCGGGUGUAUAUAGCCAAGCGCAAUUAGUAUCCAGGAUCAUCCUGCUGACGCGCUCAGAUUUAUUUUUUUCAUUCCCAUGUGUUAGAUAUCAUUGACUGUGAUGAUGAGCCUCCUCCGUGUCACGUGAAUGCCACAUGUAAUGAUAUUCCUGGAUCAUAUGAAUGCGACUGUUUCGAGGGUUUCACUGGCAAUGGUACCUAUUGUGAUGGUAUGGACGUUUUGAUUCAUUUAGUAACUUUAUAUUGAUUCCUAGUAAAUAAUUUAUAUUAGGAAAUAUUUUUUAUGAAAAUAGACUAUUCCUUCCAAACCCUUGUAAUUGGUGUGAACUGUCAUGUAGGACAUUUAUUUAUUUUACAAACGUGUAGGCCUACGCAGAAGAGUUAUGGAAUGUUCAAAGUUGUAAAAAAAGUGUAAAAAUUCUUUUUUCAAAAGUUUGAAAUGAGAAACAGUAACUAUUAGAAAAUUAAAUCAACCCUAUAUAUACUAGAUGUUGAUGAAUGUGAACCAAGUCGUUGUCAUGACAAUGCUACAUGUGAGAAUACUAUUGGAUCGUUCACUUGCCGUUGUAUUGACAACUUUAGAGGCAAUGGUUUUGAUGAAUGUGAAGGUAAGAAUAUCUCUUUAGUCUUUCCUUAUCCUGGAUUAUGAUUAAGUCAUUUAUUGGUUCACGGUUAAUGGACCUAGAUUGGUUGCACUUCUACAAAUCUGCUUUUUGGUUGAGUGAAAUAAUUAGUCAUGAAAUAUUUACCUUCUAAGCAUGCAAGCUGCAAAAACAAAUGUGAAAAAGGUUUUCUCAAAUUUCAUUUCUGUUUCUUUGAUUGUUAUUCGCUUUUCUUUUCUAUGAUUAAAAACCUGUUCCAGUGCAUGUGCUUACACUGUAUUACGUUAAGGGCGACUACCAGAAUACCAAUCUAUUUGGUGGUAGCAUAUACCUAAAUGUUAAUCUUGGGAAACAUAGUUAAUUAUGUGUGUUGUUGUUAUACUAGUGGCCACGGAAUAGUUAGGCUGUAUUGUUUUAUAUGCUUGCCUGUAGACAAUUUUUACACGUAAAUUCAUGAUGUUUCAUUUUUUAUAGAGUUCAUUAACUGUACGGAUGACAGCAUAUGUGAUGAAAAUGCGGUGUGCAACAACAUUACUGGGACUCCUGUGUGCACAUGUAAUGAAGGUUUUGUAGGGACUGGACGUGUUUGUGAAGGUACUUACGUAUGCACAGUAUUUUGUUAUUAUGUGUACAUUUAUAUCUACCCUUUUUAUUAUCCAUAUUUUUUGCCUUGUUUACACUGCCAAAACGUCCAGAAAACUUAUCUAGUCAGUAUGUUAAAUUUUACAAUAUUUAAAGAAUCUCAGUCAUGAUGGAGCAAGAUUUUGGCGAACUCGCUGUGGGAAAGCCCCGUACUCCCAGGCCUUUUUUCUUUCCGUCCAAAGGACGUUCGUUCAACUUGUCAACGAUAUUUGUUUUGAUAUACCCUCUAUAGAUCUUCCACGAACGGUAAAUACAGAAGCCAUGAUUAGCCAUCUAAUAUAUGAAAUGAGAAAACUUUCUAAAAUUAUUGGUUAAGAUAAAAACACACGCCAAAAUAUCACUCAAUGAUCUAUUAACAUAUUCCAACUAUGAAAAAUAUGACAUCGUCUAAGAAUAAUGCGGAUUGAUAAGAAUACACUUCCGUUGUCAAUCUUUUGUCACUAAAGUGGCUAAUAAAAUGGCUGAAUACAAAACAAUCAUGACAUUUUAGUUCGCAAAGCAUCACGGUUUAAGCUCGUAGAGAAUGAAAAAGCAUUUAUAUUUUGGAAACGUUGCAAAGUUUUGAUGUAUUUAACAAUUAUUCGCCGAAGGCGAGGUAAUUAUCGGGGAAUAUUUGCCGAGACGAAGUCGAGGGGAAUAUUCCCCGAUAAUCACAGGGCCUAAGGCGAAUAAUUGUUUUAGUAUUUUUGCACAAGUUUUUUGUGUUUUUCUGGUCUGAAUUCAUUUUAAUUUCGCUUAUUUCUGUAUCACUAACUUCAACAAAACGACUAGCCGCCAUUUUUUAAAUUUCGAUUUUGUUAUAUUCAUCUGUAGGUGAAUAUAACAGAUUAAUACGUCAAAUUUGACCUUGUAGGAUUUGUUAUGUUCACUUGUGCAAAAUACUAAUAUCCAUUGUUUCCUUGAAACACUGUUGGAAAAAGAAAAUAUGUUGUGUCAUAUUUUCAAUGUGAUCUUUGUAAGGAAACAGUAUUUCCUGAUUUUCUGAACUUGCUGAAACAUGACAUUUUUUUGGAAAAACUGUUUCCUAAGUUGCCGGGGGUUCAGUUGAUUUCUCCUGCUUUACUGCUCGUAAAAUAUUACUGCCAGGUUUGUCGUGUAAGUGUAUCCAACUAACAUUUCUCAAUCGUUAUAUAUUGCAGAUGAAAAUGAAUGUAAUGUGACUCUAUAUCCCUGUCAUGAAGAUGCAUUUUGUAACAACACAAUUGGGUCAUUUGAGUGCAUUUGUAAAGAUGGUUUUUCAGGAAAUGGGACACACUGUCAAGGUAUAGCAGAUGUAUCUAUCACUAUCUAAAUGAAUGCAGGAUUGUUGAAAGUAUUGUUAGUACAUGCUUUAAAGGUUAUAACUUUCAAGAAAAGCUCAUCUUUCCACGUGUUUGAAACCAUAUCACUCCCUUAAAUAUUGCCAUUACACCAGAGGCAUGUCGCUUCGGAUGGUCACAAUUCAAAAGAAAUCAAGAGAAAUAUUUCAACGACGAAAUAUUUCUCUGUAAGUGGAAAUUAAUAUUAAGUAUAUUAGGUUUUUAUAUUCCUGAUGUAACUGAUGUGACAUUUCAAAGGCAAAGCUCAAAACAGGUAUCGGCAAGCACGCAAAACACAAUGGACACGCAUACAGUAUGUAAUUAAUGGUCCGACACUCGCUAUAGUUAUGGUUGCCAUACCCCACAAGACUUUUUGUUUUCUAUUUUAUCUGUUCGUCUGACGCAAUUCAAGAUCAAACCCGACAGAUUGUAUUGGAAUUUAAACUUUUUAACGAUGUUUGUUGGACAUGCGCCACCCCUUCAGGAAUUCAAUUCACUUGAUAGCACGCUUGUUGUGUUUUUCGCGUAUCGAGGCCAACAUUUUGCGGGUUUCAGAGGACAACCUGAAUUGAAUUAGCUGUAUGUGGUUGCGAUAUACUCACAUUAACGUGCAAUGAAAUAUUUUAGAUAUCGAUGAGUGCGAACCUGCUAUGCAUGAAUGUGAUGGCAACGCAACGUGUAAUAAUACAAGAGGAGGUUACAACUGUACCUGUUAUGAAGGUUUCAGUGGCAACGGAUCACUUUGUGAAGGUGAAGUACAGAUGUCUUUUUUAAAUUGAUACAUUGUAUUACAAAUCUAGGACCAAAUAUUCAAAUUUAAUAAUUAUUUUCGCAAUAUGUUUCGCUUUAGCGUGAAAAUUUUCUAGAUACGAGUAAUAACGCAACGUUUCCAUUAUUGUGCAACGUUUCAUAUAUAAAUGCAAAUCAACGCUCGGCGUUGAGUGACUAAUGAGUAACAUACAUUUUGAUUUCCAUCUCUUUCUUUUAAAUUAAAAAAAAACUUGAAUGUUUUUACCGACGUAUAACUUUGACUUGCAUGUGAUUUGAGUCUUGUAAUCGGGGUGGCACUGGUGCGGAUAAAAUAGCGCGGGUUGCGGUUUGAAGUAAGUGGUAGCGCAAAAGAAACGGUGUACUGUUAAAGGACAAUGGCAUGCGUUUUCCUUUUUAAACCUGUUAAAGUAAAUACAUGCAAGCGAGCACUAGGUGACUUUGGCACUUAUCUUUCGUAUAGUCUAGUUAUCAUGAACAGUAUAACUUUCGAGCCAACCAUUGUCUAUACAUGUAGUUAUUAUUUUGAAGUUAUAAAUGGAUGCGGACAGUACAGCGGAUAGAUAACGCGGGUUUCGGAUCCCGCUAAAGUUUCUACAUGCAGACGAGUGUUAGCUGACUUUGGCACUUAUCUCUGCUGGUAAGUUAGAACGUCUAACGGUUUCUGUUUCCAAUUUUUAAAAUAUUUUUUCUUGCAGAAAUUGACGAGUGUGCUGGUGAUAAUGAUUGUCAUGAAAAUGCCAAUUGUACAAAUACUGUUGGCUCUUACAACUGCUCCUGUAACGAUGGAUUCGAAGGCAAUGGUACACACUGCCAAGGUAUAGCAGACGUAUUUGUAUUGUUUGUUUAUUUGUUUGCUUAUUUGUUUAUCUGUCAAUGACAGGUUGUGCGACGGCCCA